AUGAAUGUAUGCGGCACGAGUAUAUAUCAUGAGGUAUGUCGCUGUUUUCACGAAGUGGCGGUAGUGAAAAAAAUUGCAUUCACUUUGCGUGACGAUUUUUCUCACUACUAUACCGUCACUUCGUGAAAACAGGGACGGUAUGUGGCCUGAGUACAUAUGCCCGGUAUGUAUGCAGCUCGAGUAUAUACAUGUAUCAUGAGGUAUGUAUGCAGCCCGAUUAUAUAUCAUCAGUUAUCUCUUAUGAGGUAACUCUUUGUGCCACACAAAUAAUCUCUCUUCAACAUAGAUAUCAUGGGAUGGUCAUACCAAAAGCCGUCUAGAUUUUUUUUACUAUCGUCAUGAAAUUGCAAAGCCAUUACAAUUUUUCCACCAUAUUUGUGCGAAAUUUCACGUGUGGCAAACAAGCAACUGUGUAGAUGAGGCGAAGAAAGCACACCUUGCGACCCCUUUUCGAACACUUUAUGUGCCAGUGAUUUUUUUCAUUUCGAAAUUUUACCAAAACAUCAACAAUGCUUAUUCUCAAACAGCUGCACAUCGCUGAUUAUUACAAAAUGUUGAGUACCAACAAAUUACUAUUGGUAAUGAUACCUACAAUGCCAAAUUGAUUCAAUUUUAUGUAUGACAUUAUUGAAACAAAAUUGAGAUGAAUUUUAUUUUUUCUUCCCGCUUCGGACCCUAAUUAGUGUUUUUGUUUUUGAAUCAAGUAAAUUGGAGAUCCUAUACGAAAUCUUAACAUUACUGAGGCAGCACAAUUAUUAGAUAUUUAGAAAGCUCGUUUAUAAACAUUUAUUGGCAUAAAUUACAUCUAUUUUCAGGUGGAGCAAAGUGUGAUUGUUUAAAACCUAGUCUGUUUGUUUAUAACGUAAGUUGUCAUGUUUUUCAAGGUGUUCGAAAGCAGCACCGAUGCAGGAUUUUUCUCAGCCCUGAGGAACAGACUGAGAACAUUAAAGGCAAGUCCAUGGGGCGCGGAUAACAAUGACGUCAUUGAUACGCUUAGCACUGCUGUGAUGUUUACAUGGAAGGACUUUCAACCUCCCGCUUCAAUUCCUGGGGAAGAGUGGGUGACGUACCAGGCCAUAGUAUUUACUAACGGAGCAAGAACAGGCGUACUGAUGUUCUAUGAGCAAGGUAGUUUCAGCUGGAAUCCCCAAUCCAAGGCGGUUCCAGUUAGGAUCGGUUACAACUCUAGGUAUACAUGGGUGAACCGGUUUCAAGAAUCCGAUCUUAACGAAAGCUACAAACCAGACCAGUCUAUUGGAUCACAGUCGGGGACUCAGGGAAUACUGAUUUACAGACUCGACAACAACCCAAGCACGUUCGUUAACUCAGCACUGUUUUGCUCUAACUGGUACACGGACGACAAGGCCACCCUGUGGCCAUCGUUGGAAUUACGAAUUUUAUUUACACCUCCAUGUCCGUGUUCUGUUUGGCAGGCCGUAUUUGAUCGUAGAUAUGGUUUCUGCAGAUAUUUGUUAGACCAAUCAGAGCUGUCUGUGCAGAAUAGUAUUUUCUUUGGUUUCAUCUUUCCAUACUGCCAACAACACCGAUGGCUGUUUUUCGGGGGUGGCUACAGGUGUACGUACUUCUUUGGGCUUCUACCUGGCUACGUAAUCGACUUAUGGUGGAGUUCUCAUUAUGAGGCGUACACCUCCUCCUUUCAACAGUGGCUUGCAAAUGAUGUGCUCCCAAGGUAUCACUGCUGCCAGGUAGCUGAUGGAGAUUUCUGUGAUAUGUACGAGGAAAGACGCCCUCCUUCGACAUGCUCACGAUAUAGACCUCCGCGAAUUGCAUGGUUCUGGGGCGACCCCCACAUCAAUACAUUGGAUGGAAGAAUGUAUACUUUCAAUGGUCUUGGGGAGUACAUUAUGUUGGAGUACAACAAUAACGAUACAUUCGUUCUACAGGCCAGGACUGGCAGAGCUUUCAACAAUAGCGUUCCCGUCGAAACGGGAACUGUUUUUACCGGUUUCGCUGCUACGCAGGGCAUCACAGUGGUGGAGUUUUCCCUGAAUGACAACAGAACUGACAUGAGAAUCCUUAUUAACAGAACUAAAGAGAUAACUGACUUGACCGAGUUAGAAGAUGACGGCUUUGCCUCCGCAGAUUCUUCAUUUUCAUUAACGCGUGAGAAUGGAACCACUGUGGAUGAAAUCAAGGUCAAUGCUUACUUUCAGGUUGGUAACACGCCCGCUACGUCUUUUACCGUGACCUUUUCUAACGGGAUUCUUCUCGUGACCGUCGAAACACCGCCGGAAUACGAUGAAGAUGGUCCUGGCAGAGGUCUUCUAGGUAAUUUGAAUGGCAAUAGUUCAGAUGAUUUCCUGCUCCGAAACGGCACCACUCUUGAGGAUUCGAUAGCCACAAGCCUUACGGACAAGGAGAUAUUUCACUUCGGACAGUCAUGGCAAGCCAGCGAGGUCGAGUCCUUGUUCGAGUACGGCGAGAGGAACUGGACCUACUACAACCCGGCAAACUACACACCGAUUUUCCUGAGUGAUCUUAAGGCUCAAGACCCCGAACGGACAGCUGCUGCAUUGCAGGCAUGCGGUGACGAUGAAAUGUGCUUGUUUGACUACCUUGCCGUAAGCCCAGAACUGGGAGCUAUGACAAUGGAUGCCGGGAAUACAUUUGUUGACAACCUUGCCAACCUAGAAAAUUUCCCGCCGAACGUAACUAUGAUCACUGAUACCAACAGUGUUCUUCAGGGCAACGUACUCUGUGUAGAGGUUAACGAAACUGUUCAGCUGAUGUUUACGGCUGAAGAUCCUAAUGCAAACGAUAUAAUCAAUUUUACUUUAGCCGACUCUGUUCCCGACGGUGCAGCUAUCAGCUCUGAGGGCUCUUUUGAGUGGACACCGUCGAGUCUCAAUGUAUCAAGGAUUGAAGUCGUGGUCAGUGAUGAACGAGGUGCACAAUCGGUGGUCUCUUUUAAGGUCAAGAUCUGCGAAUGCAUGAACGAGGGAGUAUGUGACUUCCAGACCCUAGCCGUAGGCCAGAAUCUCAACGCUAAUGGAUUCGCGGUUGUCACGUGCAAUUGUACCAUCGGGUGGUCAGGUGACCAUUGUGAUGUAGAAUUCGACGCCUGCGCAGAGUCUCCCUGCUACGAGAGUGUACUAUGUAUGGACAGCCCCGCUGGGAUGACGCCUGAAUUUCAGUGUGGUGACUGCCCGCCAGGCCUGCAGGGUACUGGGGAAACAUGCUAUGAUGUCAACGAAUGCCAAAGCAACACCACCAACGACUGUGAGCACACCUGUCACAACAUCCUCAAUGGAUACUACUGUUCUUGCGACGAUGGGUUUACUCUUUCUCUGGACACACGUGCAUGUAUAGACAACGCAGGUUGUACGCCUGCUGCAAUGGCCAAUACUGGUUCUCCGAAUUGCACAUGUGACCCUGGUUACGAGUUUGAUAAUGGAACCUGUUCAGAUUUUGACGAAUGUUUGGGAGGAGUUGAUGACUGCCCUGAAGUUUCAACAUGUAUAAAUACAGAUGGGGAUUACUUUUGUGACUGCAUGGAUGGAUAUAAUACAGUCAACGAAACAAAGUCAUGCGAAGAUAUCGAUGAGUGUGCAACUAGGAACCACAUGUGCAACGAAAGUUUAAAUCGUGUGUGCAUGAACACCGUGGGGAACCACACCUGUAUCUGUAAUACGAGUUAUGCCCUUGUCGACGGAUCAUGCGAAUCGGCUAACUCGUUAACUCUGGAACUGAGGUUUGACUUCAUCAACGGCAUAGCAAUCCAGCAUUAUACAGACACUGAACAAAACCGAAACCAACUAGCCGAACAGGUGUUUGACCAGCUUAACAGUACAUCUGUUAUAGGAGAUUGGAACCUCACAGAUGUUUUUGUGACUAAUUAUACUGUGGUUGGAGGCAACGCUUUCGUCGAGUUCCGGAUCGACUCAUUCAACUCUGAUCUGAACGCUACUUUCUUAAAGUCGGUGUUCACCGACUCCCUACCACCUAGCCGAGUAUUUGACUCGCAUAACCGGAUCGUCGCACAAGACAUCAACGAGUGUUCAGUGUUACUGUUUACCGAUGCUUGCCGUAACGGAAAUUGUACGAACACCUACGGGAGUUUCUACUGUACGUGUAACGAGGGCUUCCUAGGAACGGGGACGGAUUCGUGCGAAGAUAUAAACGAAUGUGUGCAGGGGGCGAAUGACUGCCAGCAAAUAUGUUACAACGAGGAGGGUGGAUACUCAUGCGCGUGCUGGGAUGGAUAUGAGUUGGACGAAAGCGGAUCUAAUUGCACGGAUGUUGACGAAUGCUCCACGAAUUCAUCGGCCUGUGGAAAUGGAAUGUGUAUGAAUCUGGUAGGCUCUUUCAACUGUUCAUGUAACUCUGGAUAUGAAAUAAGCAAUGACAACAUUACUUGCAGUGAUAUUAACGAAUGCUCUGCAAAUCCAUCCGUCUGUGAUUCUGAAAAUGGAGUGUGUACGAACUCAAUGGGCUCUUACAACUGUUCAUGUACCCCUGGAUAUGAAUUAAGCACUGAUGGUAUAACGUGUAAUGUGACAUCAGGUGCCACAACCAUGCAGCCAGAAACAACACCUAGUCCCACCUCACAGUUUGAUCCAUCAAGUGCCAUAACCAUGCAGCCAGAGGUAACACCCAGUGCCACCUCACAACCUGAUCCAUCAAGUGCCAUAUCCAUGCAGCCAGAGGUAACACCCAGUGCCACCUCACAACCUGAUCCAUCAAGUGCCAUAACCAUGCAGCCAGAGGUAACACCCAGUGCCACCUCACAACUUGAUCCAUCAAGUGCCAUAACCAUGCAGCCAGAGGUAACACCCAGUGCCACCUCACAACCUGAUCCAUCAAGUGCCAUAACCAUGCAGCCAGAGGUAACACCCAGUGCCACCUCACAACCUGAUCCAUCAAGUGCCAUAACCAUGCAGCCAGAGGUAACACCCAGUGCCACCUCACAACCUGAUCCAUCAAGUGCCAUAACCAUGCAGCCAGAGGUAACACCCAGUGCCACCUCACAACUUGAUCCAUCAAGUGCCAUAACCAUGCAGCCAGAGGUAACACCCAGUGCCACCUCACAACCUGUGUCAUCAAGUGCCACAACCAUGCAGCCACAAACAACAUCCGGUACCACCACGCAAUUUGAUGUUGGAAUUGUCCUUGUGAUCAUCUUCGAGAACACAUUCCAGAACGAUCUUGCAGACCCAUUGUCUAUUGCGUUCAUCAAUUUGGCAAAUGCUCUUUGCAACCGUUUGACCGCGUAUUUCAGGAGGCUGACGAGUGAUGAUAUCACGUGCGUAGUAAUACGCUUCACAAGCGGCAGUGUAGUGGCAGAUGUUAACUUGACCUUACCUGCUAACGACGCCUCCCAGGCACAGAACAUCAUGGAUAAUGUUGGAAUCGUUACCGCGACGGAUAUUGGAAACAUUAUAGCAAACAAUGAAAUAUACCUCCCAACCGCCAUCAACUCAAAUGUUGAUGUUACUACAAUGCAAACAGAGACAACAGAGCCAGGUGGAUUGUCUAAUGGAGCGAUCAUCGCGACCGUGCUAGGUGUCAUUGCAGGUCUACUUAUCAUCAUCGUCUGCACGUGUGGUUUCUUGAUACAGGCAUCGCGAAAACACGCAGCUAAGCUUGCUCUAGGAGAGGCGUACCAAAGUCCAUACAGCAGGCAAACCCCUGCCCCUUCUUUUCACGUUGAUGAUCCAUGGGAGGAUUCUGGGAGCUAUGAUUCUCUUGAUCGCCGUGAAUAUGCAGUUAGCCGAGCGGUAGAAAGACUUGCACACGACCGUGGACGCAGACAAGAUAACGGACAGUUUCAGAGACCAUACGUCGUGGGUGGAGGUCAUGAAAAUCGUGGGGUUGAACGAAACCCUUUCUACUACUGAGGAAAUGUUUCAGACGCUGGAUCAGGAAAUGAAUGAUAAUGUGCUUUUAAAAAGGCUCUAUGAAAGAUUAAGAAUUUUAUUUAUGAGAUGUAUGUAAGAAUAUUUUAUGGAAAAAAUUGCCUCCUGAAACAAAUUCCACUCCAUAUGCCUAUAAAUUAUAUUCAACGUGAUUUCGACAACAAAUUGCUAAAGUAUUUGGACCGUCAGCAAAACCGAGGCAAUCUGUUAUCAUUUUUGAUGAUUCUAAAACCUUACAAAAAACAUCAACUGUUAUAUGCUUACCCCGUAAUUGUUGUCUUUUAAUUACUAUCAAACACUUUCUUUCACAAACAAGUCACAUGACCAGAAACGAACUUUAUCUUUAAGUAGCGCCUUUUUGUUACUUGGAUUGCUCAUUUUGUAUUUGCCUUUUUUUUAAAUCACCUUCCACUGAAUGAUUUAUUGGUUCAUUCUUUUCAUUUAUAGAUGUUGCUUUAAUUACAUGCAAGAUAACGAAUACUUGCUUUUGGGAGAGACAGGGUGUCGUCUGUUUUUAGCUAACAGAUGUAUAAUCGGAUGAAACCCAUGACGAUGGCUAGUUAUGUUAUAUAAAUAAUCUGGCUGUACAUGUAUGCUGUUAAUGUACCGGGCUCACAGAUGAAUUAGUAACUUAAAUGGAUGCAGCUGUGUGUUUUCAAUCACUUUAACUUAAGCAAGUAGAUACCCAGUAUUCCACAAAUGUAUGGUCAAGAAGUAUAAAGAUAACAUAUUUAGGACAAUUUUAAAAAAUGUCUCGCACAAAACCUAAGAUGUACAUAAGUCGUUGUUGUUGUUGUUUAUCUUUAUCAUGAAGUAGCGCAAUUUUGUUAUGUGUAUCACUCAUUUUGCGUUAGCAUUUAACAAAAAUCGAUUAUCAAAUCACCUUCCACUUAAUUAUUUUUUUCAUUCAUUCAUUUCAUAAAUAUAUGUUGCUAUAAUUUUUUUUAUUAGGCAAUGGAUACUUGCUUUUGGGAAAGACAGGGUUUCGUCUGUUUUUUUAGCUAAUAAUGUUAUAAUCUGAUGAAAACCGAUACGAUGUCUAGUUAUGGUACAUAUAUAUAUAUAUAUAAUCUGGUAGUACAUGUAUAUGGCCUAGAAUAAAAAGAUGUUGUUUUGCCCUUUAGAUCCCAGAACCUUUGUCGGUCGGUCGGUCGGAUUUUUGUUUUCCCCUCAAAACAGCACCGUCGCGCAAAAGAAUCUAAACCGGGAACGUCGCCCAAAUCUCGCUGUUUUAUAGCUGGUGCAGUGCAUGGUAUAUACACGUACAUCAGACUGGGUCUACUAGUUUACGCUAGCAAGAUUUCAAAACUAGGGCCGCAGAAUACGAGUUAAAAUUUGGGAAUAAUUUGAUGAUUUUAAUUCAUUUAUAUCCCAAUUUAAACAAACAAAGAUAUUUUUAUAAUUCAAUUAAGAUAUCUUUUCUACUAAACUGUUUUACUUUUGGAUCUUUCGGUCGGUCGCAAAGGGCAAUACGACAUUUUCAUUUUACGCUAAUGAAAAUGUAGCAGGCUUACCAGGGGCUUACAGGUGUAUUAUUAAUAUAGGUGCAGCUGGUAUUUUGUAAUCACUUUCAAAGAUGUAAGUAAUAUACCCAGUAUUCUACGGACGAAUUGUUCAGGAGUAUCAAGAUAGAACAACUUUAGAAAAUGUUUUUGCACAGAAUGUAUUACGAACAAAAGUCGUUGGUGUUAUCCUUUAUUUUUAUUUGACAACUAGUCUGCAUGAAUUAUAUUUGCAACAAACAUUA